CUUAGCCUGAAUAAAACCCAGCAUAAGUUGUUAUUUUACAUUUCCCUUGGAGUCAACACGCAAAUCUCAACUGACGAACAUGGCGAGUCUAGCGAAGAUGGCUGAAGUUCCAGAAUACUGGCAGAGGAAAGUGAGGACGGUUUUUAAUGUUCUCGACUGCGACGGUAGAGGCGUAAUUGACAAAGAUACUAUGUCCGUACGGGGGCAAAAGUGGGGCGACUUCUACAAAGACGCAGAUCCGUCCGUGACAACUUUCGUUGUAGCAAGCCUAAAAAAAUGGUUGAAAGUCUUGAGCCCCGACAACGCUCCAUUAAGUUGGCAGGAAUUUGUACUCCGCUUUUGGACCAUGUGGAACGACAGGAAUCCUGAAUUAGUGGACGCCAUGGACUCCGUCAUGAGACGCAUUUACGAGUUCAUAGAUACAAACGGUUCUGGUUUCGUUUGUUUGGGAGAGUUUCAGAACUGGUGGCACGCCAAUGGCUGGGACAACGUCAAUGUUUGUCAUAAAUUCUUUCCAAUGAUGGACCGUGAGGAAAAAGGAUGGGUGACCAAGAAACAAUUCUGCGCCGCUGGGUACUCAUAUUUUGAUGUUGUGGACCAAAUGGAUGGCACCUUUUGGAACUUCUGGUGGGGACCAUUGUGGACAGAGUUUGAAAUGCCAGAUUUCUGGGUAAGGAAAGCCAGGACUGUCUUCGAAACCAUUGAUGUGAAGAAAUCUGGAACUCUUAACUUGGACUCAAUGGAGGCAAUUGCUAACCACUGGUGUCAGCUCUACGGAGUAUCAGAGGAGAAUCGAGGCUACUUUUCGGAUAAUAUGAAAGAGUGGUGGACCCUAUUGAAUCCAGACAAUACAACCAUGGACUGGGCCGCCUUCGUCCGAAGCUUAUGGAAGAUGUGGGGUAAAAGUACUCCAAGCCCCGAUUUCAUCUCUGCAAACGAGGCGAUUUGGGGUGCCAUUUUUCACUUCAUUGCUGAUCUGUCCGGCUACGUCUCUUGGAAGGAAUUCCAGUAUUGGUGGCGUGUUAAUGGAUGGAAUAAUAUGAUUGAGUGCGAGAAGGUCUUUAAAUGGAUGGACAGCGACAACAAAGGACUAGUAUCACGAAGGAUGUUCUGCGAUGCUGCAAGAUGGUACUUUGAAAUUACUGAUGAAUUGGAAGGGAUGGAACGCAACCUCUGGUGGGGACCUUUGUAUAAGGAGGUUGAUAUGCCAGACUAUUGGGUUAGAAAGAUGAAGGCAGUCUUCAGGUGUUUUGAUGUUGACAAGACAGGCGUUCUAACGAAGAGUUCUAUGCCGACUGUUGCCACGUUAUGGAGCUCUCUCAAAGAUGAGCAAUCAAAUGAGAAAGUCGUUUCAAGCCUUGACAAAUGGAUGACAUUACUCAAUCCCGAAGAUCGGCCAAUGACGUGUCAAGAUUUCAUUCGGGUCAUGUGGGUCAAGGUCAAUAACUGGGACAAGUCCUUCUGGAAUGCAUUCGGACUAGUUUGGGAGAAGAUGUUCGAGCAGAUGGAUCCUGAUAACUCGAGGAAAAUGUCUCGGGUAGAAUUCAUUAGCUGGUGCCAACUGAAUGGUUGGUUUUGGGAGGAGAACAUGGUAGCCACGGUGAACUUUCUCGAAGAUCACGGCUGGUUGACAAAGCAACAGUUCUGUGAUGCGUGUCGCUGGUAUUUCAAUGUUUUUGAAAAGGCAGAAGAGGAUGAGUGGAACUUAAUGUUCGGACCCUUGGAGGACAAGGUGAAGAUCCCAUUCUACUGGAGUUGGAAGGUUACGGCUGUAUUCAAUGUGUUAGACAUCAAUGAGACUGGCAUUCUAAAUAGAGAGUCAAUGAAGGCCAUUGUAGAAAGCUGGUGCGCCAAAUACGAAAUUACCGAUAAUCGAGUAGGCGACUAUGUGCGGACCUUUGAGAGAUGGAUGACGGCGAUUAACUCAGCAAACGAUUCUUUAACGUCGGACGGCUUCGUGAAAGCUGUUUGGGAUUUCAUCCAGGAUCGCGAGAAUCUCACACUUGCACAAGUCAAGGACACGUUUGCGCCAAUUUUCCGAUGUUUGUUUGAUCUAAUGGAUGAUAAUGACUCAGGGAAGAUUACUGUUAGAGAAUACGUUACUUUUUGGAGACACAAUGACUGGAAAGGUGCGGAUUUGUGCAAGUCAACCUGGAAGUGUCUGGAUGCGGAUGACCAAGGGUGGCUAGACAGAAAGGAGUGGCAAUACAACGCAUGGCUUUACUUUGAAGUCCUCGAUCAGGUCAUAGGAACAGACCAAAACCUGUUUUGGGGACCACUAACAAACCAACUGUUUAAAUAACUUUGUAACUAUCUAAGUAACUCAGUUAUUUAGUAACUCACCAUUGCAACUAAGCAACUAACUCAGUGACGUAAAGACUAACUAGGAAACUAAUAAAGCUGCUAUGUAACUGUCUACCUUAGUAACCACCCUAUACGAUGUGAUCGGGAGGGAAUGGUUUCGGUAAGGGACGAGAACAAUAGUGACUUAAAUCAAAGAAUAAUCUUUGUCUCUCUGUUCGGACAUUUUCUCCAAGACCGGUCAACCUUGUGUCAGCUUACUUGGUUAACAUACUAAGUGGGUCAAUAGGUAUUCUAUGAUGGUCAGAGGUCAUUACAAGGUCAACGUUCAAUAUUUAAUUAUUGGCAUUUUAAAGCAUAUGAGAACCGCUCUGACCCUUGGUGACCCAUGAUUAGGUGAUCCCAGGUCAAGGUCAAAUUAAUUGCUCAAGGUCAAUAUCUAGGUACUUGGUGUUUUAAGGCCCUUUUGGGCUGCUGUGACCCUUAGUGAUCCAUAAUUUAAUUAGGUGACUCCAAGUCAAGGUCAAACUCGAACAGGUAGUUGUUUUUAUAUUAUCACAAAGACAAACAAUUCUCUGAAUAUAUUGUUUUUUGAAAAUAAAUUAACUUAUGGACAAGGGACACGUAUAUAUUAUAGAUUCGAUCUUAGAACUAAUCAAUUUAAAUCUACAUUUGGACAAAGGAGCAUUAAACACAUACUGUAGGAUGUAUAACAUGGAAUGAAUUACCUGAGUU